AAAAGAACCGUAAAACCAUUUAUUCUUUUGUCUUAACAAUCUCUACAGUCUUACUUGUAAAGAUAAUACAAUUGAAAUGCGUCUAGUAAUUUUAGAAUCAUCAGAUUCUGUGGCCGAAUGGUCUGCGAAAUAUGUAUUAAAACGAAUUACAGAUUUUAAGCCAAGUGCUGAAAAGUAUUUUGUUUUGGGUUUGCCUACUGGUGGCACUCCUCUUGGUAUGUACAAGAAAUUAAUAGAAUAUCACAAUAAAGGUUUAAUCUCUUUCAAAUAUGUUAAAACAUUCAACAUGGAUGAAUAUGUUGAUUUGCCCAGGGAUCACCCAGAAAGUUACCAUCAUUACAUGUGGCACAACUUUUUCAAGUCGAUUGAUAUAGAUCCUUUAAAUGUGCACAUUUUGGACGGCAAUGCUCCUGACUUGGAGUUAGAAUGCAAAAACUUUGAGCAGAAGAUUGUGGAUGCCGGGGGUAUAGAUUUAUUCAUAGGCGGUAUAGGCCCCGAUGGACAUAUCGCAUUCAAUGAACCUGGCUCUAGCUUGGUGUCCAGAACAAGAGUGAAAACCUUGGCCCAAGAUACUUUGGAUGCUAAUGCUCGAUUUUUUGGAAAUGACAUAAAUAAAGUUCCAAAACGGGCUCUGACAGUAGGUGUGGGAACUGUGAUGGAUGCAAGGGAGGUUAUGAUACUAAUAACAGGCUCACAUAAAGCUUUUGCUCUUUACAAGGCUAUUGAAGAAGGUGUCAAUCAUAUGUGGACAGUUUCUGCAUUUCAGCAACAUCCACACACAUUAAUGAUUUGCGAUGAGGAUGCUACCCUCGAGUUGCGAGUAAAAACUGUAAAAUACUUCAAAGCAUUGAGUGCAGUACAUUACAAACUUAUUGGUGAAGAUUUUCCGGCUUGUUAAUUAUCAAGAACAUUAACAUUUUUCU